UUCAGAGUAAAAGAUAUAGGAGUAGGAUAAUUUGUCUUGAGAUUCUGGGUUAAGUUUUCUUAUGAUUAUUACUCUAUCAGGACAAUUGUUAAAGCUUGGACUGAUAUAAGUAGAACUACUAUAAAAUAGUAAGAGGAAUAAGGAGCAUUGAAUGCGUUUUGCAACUUCUUUGGACGCACACAUCACUUGCCUCUUCACUACUUACUGUUUACUUCCUACAUUCUCUCUAAUUCUCUUCCUCUUUAUAUUCUCUUUCAAAGGUUUUGCUGCUCUUCUAAUCAAAAUUUGACCUCCUUCGUUCUACCUUCCUCUCCCCUUCUGUCUCUUUCACAGCCAUGAAUAAUCCAUCAGAAGAGUUUCUAGAACAGGGAAUAUCACAACAGAACUUGAGGAAGGCUUCUUGCAUGACCGUGGUUACUUUAGCUUAUCAAAGCCUUGGAGUUGUCUACGGUGACCUCAGCACCUCUCCUCUCUAUGUUUACAAGACCACCUUCUCAGGGAAGUUGAGCCUCCAUGAGAAUGAUGAGGAGAUUUAUGGCGUGCUUUCCUUUAUCUUCUGGACAUUUACUUUCAUUGCUCUCUUUAAAUAUAUCUUGAUUGUGAUGUCAGCCGACGAUAAUGGUGAAGGUGGUACCUUUGCAUUGUAUUCUCUGCUGUGCCGGCACGGGAGCCUAAGCAUUCUACCAAAUCAACAAGCCACAGAUGAAACGUUGUCUGCAUAUGCAACACAUGGAUCCAUGGAGACAUGGCAGAGCUCUGCUUUGAAGUCAUUCUUUGAGAAACAUCCUAGAUUUCGUAAAGGGUUGUUCAUUUUUGUUAUUCUGGGAACCUGUAUGACGAUUGGUGAUGGAGUACUCACACCUACAAUAUCAGUUCUUUCAGCAGUUUCAGGAGUCAAACUGAAGAUCACAGCACUCCAUGAGAAUUACGUUGUUUUGAUCUCAUGUGUCAUCAUUGUGGGGCUAUUCUCACUUCAGCAUCAUGGAACACACAGGGUUGCUUUCAUGUUUGCUCCAAUUGUCGCAGCAUGGCUUCUGUGUAUAAGCAGCAUUGGAAUAUAUAACAUAUUUAGAUGGAAUCCACACAUAUUUCAUGCACUUUCUCCAGUUUACAUGUUGAAGUUCCUUAAGAGCACAGGCACGGAAGGAUGGAUCUCAUUAGGAGGAGUGGUUCUUUCAAUCACAGGUGUAGAGACAAUGUUUGCUGAUUUGGGCCAUUUCUCUUCAUUGUCAAUAAGGGUAGCCUUCACAUUUCUGGUAUAUCCCUGUUUGGUUCUUGCAUAUAUGGGUGAAGCUGCUUUCCUCUCUAAGCACCACGAAGAUAUCCAGAGAAGCUUCUAUAAAGCCAUACCAGAAGCUGUUUUUUGGCCAGUAUUCGUUGUGGCCACUUUUGCUGCUGUUGUUGGAAGUCAAGCCGUAAUAUCAGCUACGUUCUCCGUUAUAAGCCAGUGCUGUGCACUGAAUUGCUUUCCCUACGUAAAAAUCAUUCAUACUUCAAGCAAAAUAUAUGGGCAGAUAUACAUUCCAGAGGUCAACUGGAUAUUAAUGUGCCUCUGUUUAGCUGUGACAAUAGGAUUGAGAGACACCAACAUGAUGGGUCAUGCAUAUGGUCUGGCAGUGACUACAGUAAUGUUUGUGACAACCUGUUUGAUGGCGUUAGUGAUGAUAAUCGUCUGGAAGCAAAGGAUAGCUAGUGCAGUUGCAUUCUUAGUGAUUUUUGGAUCAAUGGAAUUGCUUUACAUCUCAGCAUCUGUUUACAAGGUUCCGGAAGGGGGUUGGAUUCCAUUAGUGCUUGCUUUCAUCUUUAUGGCUAUAAUGUAUAUAUGGAACUAUGGAAUGACUAAGAAGCACGAAUUUGAUGUGGAGAACAAGGUUUCAAUGAAUAGGAUAGUGGCUUUAGGUCCUAGCCUUGGCAUGGUAAGGGUCCCUGGGAUUGGUCUUAUUUACACUAAUCUGGUAACAGGUGUUCCAGCUGUUUUUGGACACUUUGUCACAAACUUACCUGCAUUCCAUCAGGUGCUGGUUUUUGUUUGCGUCAAAUCUAUCCAAGUUCCAUACAUUAGUGAAAAAGAACGGUUGGUCAUUAGUAGGGUAGGUCCGAAGGAGUAUUGCAUGUUCCGGUGCAUCAUCAGGUAUGGUUACAAAGAUCUGCAGCAAGAAAACUAUGAUUUCGAAAACAGAUUGGUAUCAGGGAUAGUACAAUUUGUGGAAGCAGAAGAAGAUAGUACUCUGAAACCAACUUCUAUACCAUGUGGAGAGUUGCGAAACUUGGAUAUUAAAAUUUUUUAUGCUCAAGAUCACACCUUAACAGAUUCAAAGUUCAAGGAUAACAAUAUUAUGGAGCAGUCUUGUUGUGAUAUUUUAGAGACAAAAACUGGUAUGGAGCAUUCGGGAAGUUCUCCCCUGAAGGAAGAGUCUCUGCAGAUAUUGAGAGCCAAAGAAUCUGGGGUUACUUUUAUUUUAGGCCAUUCUUAUGCAAAGGCAAAGAAAUCAUCUUCCAUUCUCAAGAAAUUCGCCAUAAAUGUCGUAUAUUCCUUUCUGAGCAAGAAUUGCAGAGAACCUGAUGUGGUACUGAAUGUGCCUCAUACUUCUUUGCUAGAAGUUGGUAUGGUUUAUUAUGUCUAACUUCAAAAUAAGAGUAAAUGAACAUUAUCCCAAGAGAAGGACACUUACAUGUGAGCAAACAGAGGGAGUAAAAACUGCUAACCCUAACAUAAAGAGUUUGUCUUACACAAUUAGGAUGACAAGCAUAAAACAAAAAGCUCUUCAAUAGUUAUGUUCUCUUGUUUGCCAAUCUGAGAUCAUCAUGUUCACAUGGUAUGGUUUUUCUCUCUUGCUUGUAAAUGUUUAUAUGUCUUUGUGUUGUGACUAACAUUUGACUGUCAGGUAUAUAAUCUGAUUUCUUGAAAAGUAUUGGUUCUUUCGAUUUGAUAAGUAAUGUGAUUACGUAGAACUGCAAAUUUUCAUCUUCAUGAAUGUAAAUUAUAUUAAGUUCAUCAUGAAAUAUAAGGUGAUCGAGAAUAGAUUCUGCGUUGCAAGCAAA